GCUCUCUCCCGCUAAUAGGAAUAACAUUAUUUAAAAAGAAACUCGAUAAUUUGAAAACUAUCGAUAGAUUUUUCAUAUUGCUAUCGAUUAUGUAAUUUCGAAAAUUCGAAACUCCAUAUUGUUUUUUCUGUAUCGAUAUGUAGCCAUUGUAAUAUUCAAAUUAAAGCAGAGCGCUAACUUUUAUGAUGUUUCUAUUGUUGUAAUGUAAUUUUUUCACACCUGAUCUUAGAACUGAGAUUUUAGCAUUGUGAUUGUCAAAGAAAACACUUUUAAAGCCAUGAAGAGACUACCAGAAAAUAAUGCCACUGAUAGAAAAAAGAGAAAAUGUCUAAAAAAUGCUGAGUGUGAGAAUUCCUCCCUUUUGUGAAAUUGAUCCUCAGGGUUGCCAUGAUACUGGGAGAAUCAUAAAAGUACAGGGAAUUUAAAAAACAGGAAAAAUGCAGGUUCCAUAUAAGGAAGGUGAACUUGGUAUUGUUGAAUCGGUUACUGUGCAAAAUUUUAUGUGUCAUGAAAAUGUAACACUUAAUUUUCAACCACAUAUGAAUUUUAUCAUUGGAAGGAAUGGAAGUGGUAAAAGUGCUAUUUUAACUGCAGUAAUGUUGGCUUUAGGCGGGAAAUCCAGCAGUACCGAUAGAUUUACAAGUAUUAAAGGCUUCAUCAAAAGAGGGAAAAUUAAAAGCAAAGUUGAAGUAGUGUUACGAAAUAGGGGAGAGCUUGCUUAUAAACCUGAUGUGUAUGGAGAAAAAAUAACUGUUUCACGUGAAUUUACCAAAGAUGGCGGGAGUAAUUAUAAAAUAAAGUCUGAAUCAGGUACAAUAUGUUCAAAUUCAAAGAGUGAGCUAACUAAUAUCUUGGAAGCAAUGGAUAUAAUGAUUGAUUGUCCUCUCUGUAUUCUGACUCAAGCAACCAGUAAAAGAUUUUUGAUAUCCAAAGAUGCAAAAGCUGAAAGGUUAUUUGAAUUUUUUUACAAAAGCACUGGGCUGGAGCUUUUGGAAGAUAGAUAUAAAAAAACACAAACUAUACAAGCAGAUGCUAAAGCUGAACUUGAUAAGAAAAAGCAGACUUUGCCUGAUUUAAAGAAAGAUCUUAGUAAGUGGAAAAAGUUUCUUGACAGUUCAAAAAGAAUAUCUGAGUAUAAAAAUGAGUUGAUUUGGGCUGGAGUGAUUGAAAUGGAAAAGCAAUUGCAAGAAAAGGAAGAAGAACUUAAGAAAGUAGAAGAAGAAUUUGAAGAGCACCAAAGAACGUUAGAAGGAUGCAGAAAAUCGCUUGCUGAGAAAAAAUCGGAACUUGAUGAACUUAUUAAACGGAAAAGUGCCUUAACUACUGAGAUGGAAAAUUAUAGAAAAAAACUGGAAGAACUUAAAAGUGAAUAUGAGAAUCAUUCAUCAUCCUACAGAAGAAAUAGGGGUACUCUGCUGAAACUGAAGAAUGAUAAAAAGAAGCUGGAAGAUGAUAUUUUGGGCUUAAAACAAUGCAUUGAGGAACAAAAGAGAAAAGAUGAAAGAAAUUUGGAAGAGGAGGACAGAAGGCGUCAAGAAGCUAUACAGAAUUUAAAAGCCGAGAAUGUUAAUCUAGAUGAUAAGUUAAAAACUUUAAGAGAAACUAUAAAUACAAAACAAAAUGAGCAGAGUAAUUCUGGAAAAGUUGAAGAAAAUUUAAGAGCUGAAAUGAAUCAUAAUUUAUAUCAACUUAAGAACAUUGAAGAUAAUUUGGCUGCCUCUAGAAAUGCCAUCCGAAACAAAGUUAAUACUUUUGGAGAACACACUGAAAAAGUGUUACGGGAAAUAGAAAAAAAUCGUAAUAAAUUCAGAAAUGUAGUAAUUGGCCCAAUUGGUGUAUAUAUGGAAGUAAAAGACCCUAGGUGGGCAGCUGCUGUUGAAUUUGCAGUUAACAGUUCAUUGUUGAACAGUUUUUGUGUUGAUAAUCAUCAAGACUCCCAAGUACUGAGAGAUAUUCUUAGAAAAUUUUAUUCAAAACCACCUUCAAUAAUUAUCAGUCAGUAUGAAUCACAAAUGUUUGAUGUCCAGUAUGGAAGAGCACUGUCUAACUUUCCUACAGUUUUAGAUAUGCUUACAAUAAACAAUCACCUGGUUGCCAACUGUUUAAUUGAUCAGGCUCAGAUCGAGAGAAAAAUUCUUGUUGAAAAUGAGAACGAUGGUAUAGAUCUCAUGAAAAAUCCACCAGUGAAUUGUCAAUCGGCCUAUUUCAUGAACUGUGAUCAAAUAUGUUUUAACCCUUCUCGCAUCUACUCUUUUGGGAAGAGGACACCAAGAUCAAGAUUGAGUGCUAUUAGAGUAGAAGAUAUCAAAAAUAUGGAAAGAGAUAAAGAAGAAAAAUUGAAUAGAAUUAAUCAAAUACGGAAACAAAUAGAGACAAUGAGAAAGGCUGUAGUAUCACUCCCAGAGAAAAUAGAACAUCUAGAAGGGGAAGUGGUGAAACUUUCUACAGCAUAUAAAAAAAACUUGAUGGAAAUCAAAGAACUAGAGCGUAAAGAAGAAACAAAAACUGUGGAUUGUUUGCAAGAAGACCUACAAAUUUUACAACAAUCCUAUGACCAAAAAAUUGAAGAAAUGAAACGAUUUUCACAAGUCGUUUCAGAACUGGAAUCUAAAAAACGUGACCUAGAAGGCCAGAUACAGACUAUUAGUGCUUCACUUAAAUCCUUAAAUGAUGAAGAUUACCAAAAGUUACUUACAAAGAUGAGUCAAGUAUCCAAGUUGAAAGAAAAUUUUGAAUCUGGGAAAAGGUCAUAUGAACUUCAACUAAGAUGCAAGGAAAAUAAAUGUAUUAUGCAACGAAAAGAUGUGGAAGAAUCACAAAAAAAAUUAGAAAUUGCUCACUCAAGAGCUGAAUCAGUGUGUUCACGAAUAAAUACUGAUAGAAGCUAUGAAGAAAUCUCUCGCCUCAUCACUGAAACAGAAAAAGUGGUUGAAGCACAAAGUAACUGUGACCGAGAGAGUUUAAGUCGAAAAUAUAAAGAAAAACUGGAAAAUCUACAUAGAGCUGAAAUGGAACUUAAAAAAAUAGAAAAAUAUCUAGCUCACAUUGAACAGAUGGUAAAGUUCCGGUAUGAAACAUUGGACCACAUUAGAAAAAAUACCGAACUGAUUAUUGGUUUGGCUUUUGUUUCUAUCCUUCAUGGGAAUGGAUACCAAGGACAUCUUAUUUUCGAUCAUGCCAGUAGAACUUUAGUUAUGAAUGUAUCUCCAAGAACUGGUGAAAACAUUCGGAAGAACCACAGUAGUUUAAGUGGUGGUGAAAGGUCAUUUGUGACAAUUGCUUUCCUUCUUGCUUUGUGGGAGAGAACAAGAAUGCCUUUUGCUAUCUUGGAUGAAUAUGAUGUAUUUAUGGACUCCAGUAAUCGUCAACUGAGUGUAGAUCUGCUGUGUAGAAAAGCGGUUGAGAUGUCCCAGAUGCAAUUUAUUUUCUUAUCUCCAUUGGACCUUCCGAGAAUGUCAUCAUCUGAAUGUAUACAUAUUCUGAAAAUGGCUCCUCCAAAAAGAAAGGCUGAAGAUGAGGAAAAUUCCCCACGGAAAAAACGUUCUUAAUUGCUGUGAUCAGUAUUCUUGGUUUUUAUUUGUGAUAAAUGUUGCACAUUUGGAUUUUAGGCUUUGAAUAGUUGCUUUAUAAAUUUUUGUAUCAAAAAAAAUUAUAAUUUUAUAUUACUGCAUUUAAAUUCAAUAGAUCUGUACUAUUGAUUUUUGAAAAAUAUGUAUAUAAUAUAUAUAUAUAAUGAGCCGUUUAAAAGUUUCGGAAAUGUGAUUCACAAGUAUCUGUGAUCUUAUUGGUGUUUUUAAUUAAAUGCUCUUUUAUUAUUUUAUUAGUGCUCAUUUAUUUUGUGUUUUUAGUUUUCUUUUAAACUUUGAUUUUUGUUUGGAUAUGCAAAUUCUUGAAUGAUUCAAGCUGUAUGGGGCUUGGGGAGAUUGGAAAGUAAGGCAUCAGUCAGUUUUAAAAUCAAUCACUAUACAUGACAAAAUAUUAUUAAAGCAUUAUAUUAAAAUCUGAAAAUAAUUCUAUUAAUAUUCAAAAAAAUGAAAGUAUUUCAUAUAAAUAGACUAAUUGUUCAUUUGUAAAAUAUGGCAUAUAUUUCUUUUCUUAAUUCCAGAAUCAAAUUUAUAUAGAGCCAUCUAAUGUUAUAAUUUCAGCCAAAUGCUUUUAAGAUUCAGGAAGAAAUUAUCGUUACUAUGAGAUGAAUUUCCAUUGUUCUCGAAAAUAGACUAAACUAUGAGGGCUUCUCGUAUAAUUCUUUAUUCUUGAUACUCCUUGAACUUGAAUCUUCAAAUAGUUAUACUGAAUUCUAUACAUGGUUAAAAAGUACACUGAAUGCUCCUUCAUACUUAUAAGGGAAGUACAUAAGUUGCAUUAAAUUAUGUUUUAUAGAUAACAAAAUAAUAAUAAUGCUAUUCAUUAUUAUUUGCUCAAACUUUAAACUACUAACAUUAUGUAAUUUCAUUUAUAAUAUGAUUAAAUGCAUACAGAUUUAUCGAUUUUUAAAAUGAAGUGGAGCCAUCUUAUACUGUAAUAAUAACUGCAGUCCUAUGAGGAAGGCUUUUGAUGACUAGUUUUUGGAAGGCUUUUAGAGGAAAUGCAUAUCAUUCUUAUAAGUAAGUUUCUUUACUUAUGUGGGUUAUUAUUGGCUAGCUGAAAUUCGAUGUUCCUGUUCAUCCUUUGGAUAUUCAAUGGCAUUAAGAUUCAUAUUCUGUGCUGAUCAACUUAAUCAUGAUAUCAGAAGGCCUAAUUGCUGAAAAAAAUUCAAUAGCACGAGUCCUCAUGUUAAGGAAUAGCUUAACAUGAGCUGUGAAUGAAUUGGGUGUGUCCUCAAACCUCACAUCCAUUACUUAAAGGCACUAAUUUUGUUUCAGAUAGAAAUUGAUGAAUUUUAGAAUUUCCUUUCAAGGUUGCUCACUUAUGAAAGAAUAUAUUUAAAAGAUAAUUUUUUUUCUCGUUUAAACCACUUGAACAUGUUAUAACUAUCAAUACUUAUAAAUUGAUUCAAAUAUUGGAUAUUAAAGCUCUUUGAUGAUAAUUUUAAAUGGCUGAUGCUUUUUUUUUCUUCUUCAUUGUAUAAUAUUGAGUGUUCAUGCUGUGUUUUUAAUUUUGAGUUCAUAA